AUGUAUGCGCCUAAACUCGUAGCUGUCGUUGUAGUUUUUGCAAUUAUUAACUCGUUAGUUGACGGACGCCCUGCCGUUUCUUCUAAAAAAAAUUUGAUCAAUCCAACAUUGUCUGAACUAUCUGAACUGCCAACAUCCACAAAAAGACCUCACCGUCACCGCCGCCACCACCACCAUCACCAUCGUCAUCGCAAAAUUCGAAAUCGCCGUGCAUUUGAUAGGUUCGACAACGGCGGAAUAUUUGCAUUUGGUUUCGGACGAGACUAUAUCGAGCAUUGGAAGACCCGUCUGGGGCGACAAUGA